CAGACAUACUGUGUAUUGAGUAUCUAUCAUCUAAAUAACGCUACGUGUAGACUUAGUUCAAGGCUGCUAGAUGCCACAUGCAGUCGUUUCAUCGCUUGCAAAAUAAUUAGAAGAUUUUGUGAUUCUAAUCUUAGUUAAAUAUGGACGAUUAUAGAGAAAUACUAAACAUAAUCUUGGACAAAGUUGCUAAGGAACAUCAAUAUGAAGACGGUGAAAUAUCUGUGAAAUCCAUAUCUAGCGGUGGGGCCAACUACACCAGCUAUCUGCACCUUGCCACGGUCUCGGCACCAGGAAAAGAAGAUCUAAAACUUUUUGUGAAAGUCGCAGCCAUGGGCGAGAAGAUGAGAUCAUUUGCACCUAUGAGAAUAUUCGAAAUCGAAAGUUUCUUUUACAAUAGUUUGCUUAAAACCUACCAGGAAUUGGAGGAACGACAAAUGGUCCCUGCAGAACACAGACUUGUCACGCCAAAGUUUUAUGCGAGCAACGACGAAUGUUACAAAGAAGCGCUAGUUUUAGAAGACAUGACUUCAAAAGGCUUUCAAGCCUUUGACAGAUUUAAGUCAAUAGAUAAGAAGUAUGCUUUCAAAAGCGUUGAGAACUUGGCUAAACUACACGCGUUAUCUAUCGCAUGGUCGAUAGAUGACCCAGAAGAGUUCCAGAAGACAGCGGGUCUUAAGUCUGAAAACAAUAUCGAGAUAAUUUUAGAAUUUUUAAAGAACGUAACGACCAGCGCUCUGGAAGUGACAAAACCAGAUAACAAAGAUCGAAUGUCGAAAUUUUUAGAGAAAAUGACUGUACCGAAUGAAUUUGCAAAUUUCUAUAAUCCUAUACGAUGUUCAGUGCUGGCCCAUGGUGACUACAGGCCAAGUAACUUGUUACAUAGGGUAAAUGAUGAUGGCGAAGUCGACGUCAUAUCCGUGGAUUACCAGACCUUACAGAUGAGCAGUCCCAUCAUAGACUUGAUGUAUUUCAUUUACACCGGUUCCGACAAGAACUUCAGGAAACAUCACUUGAAAGACACCAUAGAACAUUACUAUACGGAACUGCGCGCCGCUCUCGAGAGACUCAAUUUAACUCCUGAUGAUAUCUACUCGAGGGACGACUUCGAUUAUGAAUUACAAAAGGUGAUGCCCUUCGGUCUUCUGAUUAGUGUGUUCUGUCUUCUUAUCAUAACAGUACAAGAGGAGGAUGCUCCCAAGGUUAACAAGGACAUUGAGAUAAACGACUUCGUCGUCAGCCCGAACGAUCUCUACAGAGAGAGGCUUAAUGACAUCAUUGACGAUUAUAUUGAUAUGGGAUUGCUUUAAAAUAGUCUAAAAAUAUUUACACUUUUACAAAACAUCUAAUUUUAAAUAUAGAUUAAUCUCAAGAAAUUAUAAUAAAAUAGUGUUUGAAAAAUCAUCAGUAACUUCUUAAAGUAUUUUGUGAAGGGAAAUCCUUUUAUUCUUCUCUGCUCUAAUGUAUUUUCUGUUAAAAAUGUGAUUUAUUGACGUAAUUGCAAAAUUAAUACAAAAAAUGGAUGCAUUCAAAUUACCUGUACUUUACUUUUAUUGUGUUUUUCAAGUAUUAUUUUUAUUACCAUUCUUUUUUUUCUCGCAGUGAAAACCUUCAGAAAGGUACCCGGGUCUCAUGGGGGUGGAACCGGGUUAUGUGGGAUUCUUACCCACUAAUACCACAGCGAUGGCCGUCUUCAGCACGGAUCGGAGAGGCUGCGGGAUCGUGUUGAUAUAACGCAUCCGCGGUCUCUCCCGUUAUUUGCUCCGCUCGUGACUUGGCGGAGGAGCUCUCCUCAGGGGGCGAAGGUAAUUUCAACCCCCCACACUCCUCGCUAGUGCGUACCGCAGCGGAGGCCAUCCCGGCUUCCGUCCUUCUCAGGGCCGUCUGAAAUAGGAUACGCGAGGCCCCUACCUCACACAGCCAUGGCCCCAGGGUUUUACGCCCUAUCUUUUAAGCCCCCGGCACCUGGGCUGUGGGACGGCCGAGACGACGCCGUCGUCGUCUCCGUCGAGCAAGAUCAGCCCUGUUUCGUUCCCGCUCCGACGUCUCCUUCUGGACCAUGACGGUCUCACAGAAGGAGGCUACGGCCCUCCACAUCGAUUCCUCGCGAAGCAUCGCUGACACGAUUGCUCGCAGGGACAGGUCUUGUCCGACUUCACGGACCAGGAUCUCCCUCUCCGCACUCCACGCGGGGCACGCCUCCAACGUAUGCUGAGCGUUGACCUGGUCUAAGUAUCUACCAUCCACGCCUACCGGUCAACUUAUAUACAUAUAUAAACUUGUAUUAUUUUAAAAUAUCAUUAAUAAUAAUUAAUGAAUAUUUUUAAUAUAGGCUAAUAUACAUAUGUAUAACAUU